CAACCUCUUCUUCUUCAAACACCUCUCUCCCCACCUACAUAUCGCACCGCCGUCUUGAUCUCACUACUUUUUGUUCCGUUGCGUUUCGGUAGUGGAUAGCAACUUUCUGUUACUUUUGUUUCUCGGUGAUCACGCCGCCGCAUUGUUGUGUAUCUCAGACCUCGCUGUUUGCAAGCAAGUUGCUUAUUUAUUUGAUAAUAUGUAUGUACCUAUGGCUUUGCGAAGGACUUCUACUGGGUUACUCACAUGGAACGUGGUCCUUUCCAUGGCGGUGGCGCUGAUGCUGGUGUUGCUUGUUGUCAGUGGCAGUGGCACCGGCGUUGGUGAUGUUUUCAAAGGCCACGACCAAUAUGAGGAGCCGGCAAAAGGAAAGACUGAACAAGCUGGGGAGAAAGCUGCAGCGAUGGGAAAGGAGGCUAAAGAGACUUCGGAGUCAUGGACUGAGUGGGCCAAGGAAAAAAUCACUGAAGCAGUUGGGUUGAAGGCUGAUGAAGCUAAAGAGAAAGCAGAGCAGGCUUCUGGUGCGGCCAAGAAGAGCAAAGAAAAGAUUACAGAAACAGCUUCUGGAGCGGGAGACAAGGCUGAAGAUAUGAAGAAUGCAGCCCCAGCCAAAGAAACAGCAUCUCAGAAGGUUGAUGAGGCAAAGGAAAGGGCAUAUGAGGCGGCUGAGGAGGCAAGAGAGAAGGCAUCGCACAAGGCCAAAAGUGCAGGGGAAGAAGGGGAGAAGAAAGAAGACCAAGCAGAGGAGCACCUGAGUUGGGCGAAGGAGAAAGCUAAGGAGGCUUUUGAAGCUGCCAAAAGCAAAGCUGAAGAGACACUCGAGUCUUCCAAGGAGAAGAUUACAUCUAACUACGAGGCUGCAAAGAAAAAAACACAGGAUAUGGAAGAGAAUAUUGCCACAGGAAAUCAAUAUCAUGAUGAGGAACUCUAAUUCAGAUGUGCCAUUGCCAUGCAUAUGAUGACAACAACUACUUUUCCCCCUCCUCUAUCCCCUGAUGACCCCACUUGAGUUUUGUACAAAUGGUUACAUAGUUGUUUCUACAUGUUUUCUCAUCCAUCUCUCUUUUACUUUUUAAGUGCUUCAGCACAGUAUAUUUGCUUGUACCGAGUAUGAACAAGAAUGGUCUGCUUCUUGUUUUCGUAUCAGAAUGACAACAAUAAAUUCCCACAAUGGGAUGCAA